UCCAUAAACACGAAGAGAAGAAAUGUGUUUUAUGGGGGAAAGCCUGUAGAGUUGUUAAGGUUACAUCAGUUGUGGGAAUAAAAUUAAAUGAGUGUGUAAAUCUUUAAAGGUACCACAAACAGGCAUAGCGACACAUGCUUAAAGAAAGAUUUUUUUUUUUUCUAAUAAAGCUCGUGUUUCUUCUUGGGAGAGAGGAGAGCCUCGAGGCCUGGUGAAGGCAGGCGUAGCAUCUUGAGCAGCAUAGACUUGAAAUUCUCUGAGAAACGGCUCAGGUGUGGCUGGCAGGUUGCUACACAAAGGUGCUGUUGCGUGGUGGUAAGGCACAGCUCAAAUGUGGAAUUAGGAACAAAUCUCAAAUCUUGAUCUGACCAUCUUUGUUAGAUGGGUCUGGAGUGGGGAAGGAUCAUCGUGCGUGUUCUUUUUCACUACAAACCAAGGUCACCGUCUCUGUUUAUGCAGUAGGAAGCUGACAGCUAGUGACUUGCAGAGCUUACUUACCUCAGUGACACAAUUUGAAGUUUGCUGUUGUGGGAAGAAUUCAUUUUUUUUCCCUUCUCAAAGAGAACUAAGUUGGAAUGAUUAUGUGUGUGCACAUGGCUUCUAGACCAUAAGCUCCAGUUACAGUAGCUCUUUAGGCAGGGUACGAAAAUUCUGGAGAGUUCAGAGGAGGCCACGACAAUGUUCUGUUUUUGGAAAACAAGCCCUGCAACAGUUCUAAUGAGCUCAGUGUACUCGGGCACAUCCGAGAGAAGUGGGUUGAGAAGUCUCAGUCCCUUUGUGUAAAGCCAUGCCUAUGGGAAAGUUCUUUGGCAGUUGAAUAUUUGUGGUCUUUCUAACAAAAAUAUAAUGAGAUCUGGUAACUGAAAGUCAAAGCUACACAGAUUCUUUAAAAUAUGACACAAUUUCCUAGCAGUGGUGGAGGUUAAUUACAGGAAUCAUUUCCAGGAGGGGCUUGCUAUUUGCUGGAGCUUUUCAGCUGGAGUCAGAUAACACUGUGGGAGGAAAGCUUAACUCCGGGAGCUCAGGGAACAUGCUGCUGCGAAGAUGCCCACAUGGCUGAGGGGAAAUCAGUGAGGUUAUCAGUCUGUGGGCAGUGGAAACCCCAGCCAUCGCUCAGAGAUAGCAGGGACACCAUCCUCCUUCUGGGCCAAGACCCGCUCCUAUUGCUGAAAAGCCUCCAGCUUCUCUGGACAAAGAAAGAGAUGAAGAAGCAGCUCAAGGAAGAAAUCAGGCGGGGCUUUGCAGGACUGGAGGACCCAUUGGCAGGACUCCUGGAUAUGCUGGAGAGCAGUGGUGAUUGGAAGGGGAAAGGGCAUUCCCUCGGGUAUUACAUCAGCAUUGAGCUGCAGCUUUGGAUGAAAGAGCAUCCUGCUGUUCAACAGUCUGGCAUGAAGCUGAAGAAGCUGCAGGCCCGUGUAUUCAGAAUACUAGACCAGUGCCCAGCUAAUCUUCUUGACCCUCUGAUUAGCAUUUACCAGCUCCAUACAGCAGACCGGAACUAUUUGCUUGGACACGUCACUCAUCUUUAUCACAGGGGCGAUUACAAAGAGGCAGCCAUCCUGAGUAUUAAGCUCAAAUUACAGCCUGAUCAAGAUGUGGAGAAGAUGUGUGCACCACUACUGUUUCAAGAUAAAAUUAACCUGGUUGAAGAUUAUGUGGCAGAACAUCCUGAGCUCCAGCGCAGGCUCUUACAGAUCCUGGACACCUGGUGUGAACCUGAUUUUAAUAUCAGAGACAUGGCAAGACAAUAUCAAGGUCUGUCCAGGUACAAGCCAGAUAAAUUGAACCGCAAAAUGCUAAGCAAGCUGAUCUUCAGACUCCUAGACCGAUUUAACGUAGAUCCAGCUCUCUGUCCCAAUGUCAUAAAUCAGCGGCACUUGAGAACUCUGAAUUAUCUCUUUUACAAGAGGUUUGUUGAGAAAACUAUGACUCAGGAGAAUUGGACAGAUCACGUUCAGAGCACAGUUGGAGAGAAUCGAUGGCUUCAGGGGCACCUGAUACAGUUGCUGCUCAGAUACUGUGAUUUGAACACAGUGGCGAGAUGGGCGCAACGCUGCAAUUUGCCCGAGGAGAUACUGCCUUCUGAAGUGGCUGAUGAGCUUCAAAAGCUUGAGAUCCAAGAGAGGGUAGAAGAGGCUACAAAAGAAGAGAAUUACAAAGAGGUUAAGAAGAAGGAUUAUUACCAGCUUCCUAUUCCACGUGCAAAUAUUCACUUCUUGCAGAAUUGGGAAGAGAUGAUGCUGUGCUGUGAAAAGGUGCUGCAGCCUGGGCAGAUUGUUGGCAUUGACAUGGAGUGGAGGCCUUCGUUUGGCAUGGUUGGGAAGCCCCGUGUCUCCCUCCUUCAACUCUCUGUGAGGGAUGAGGUGUUCCUGCUCGAUUUGCCACGGCUCCUUGAGCAAGCUGAGUUGAAGGGUGAGAAAGAGAAGCUUCCCCAUUUCAUCCGGAUGCUCUACUCAGAUGCAGCCAUCACUAAACUAGGUUAUGGGAUGUCUGGAGACCUUAGCAUUCUUGCAGCCACAUGCUCUACUUUGAAAGGCAUGGAUAAGCAAUCACGAAGUGUAGUGGACCUACUCACAAUAGACAAAACACUGCAGAAGAGCUCCAUUGAGUGGAAGAAGGGCAGCCUGAAGGUCGAUGAGCUGUCUGCAGAGCAGAGCUAUGAGGAUGGAGGGCUCAGGCAGCCGGAGAAAGGGCUCAGCCUCUUGGUGCAACACGUACUGGGGAAACCGCUAGAUAAAACGGAGCAGAUGUCCAACUGGGAGAAACGGCCACUGCGGGAGGAACAGAUCCUCUAUGCAGCUUCAGAUGCAUACUGCUUGCUGGAGGUCUACGAGAAACUGUGUAAGGAUCCAGCAAGCUUUGGUCUGAGCUCAGACCUGACUGAGAGUCUGGUGGGAAAACCAAGCGUAAAACCCAGGGCAAAGAAGCAGCUGAAUAAACAAGAGCAACGCGAAGGAUCUGACAAAGAGACCUCGUGCCUCCCUGCUCCCAUCUCCCCAAAAGAGUUCAGCGUGGUCUGCGAUAACAUGCUGCAAGGCCUUGGACGCUAUCUCCGCUGCCUUGGUGUGGAUGUCCGGAUACUGGAGAAUGAGGAUGACCAUAGGAAAGCUGCUGAGAUUGCCAGACAGGAGGGAAGAGUCAUUUUAACCUCUGGACUGCCAUAUCAGACUCUGCAGUCCCAGGUAGGGGAAGGAAGGUGCUUCUCCGUGAACUGCUCAGAAAAGGCAAAGGAACAGGCGCUGCAGGUUCUGAAGCACUUCAACGUCCACGUGUCGCUGGCGGACAUCUUCAGCCGCUGCCAGGUCUCCCAGCAGGUUUGGGGCCACUGCAUUGCCCGGGAACAAGUGUGCUGUCUCGGAUGCCACCGUGACUUUUCCACGCUGGACCUGAUCAGGCCCCAAGUGCGGUGCGGGGGACGAGUGGCAGGGAGCCCAGCUGGGGCGAAGGCACUGCGUGAGCCCUCCUGGCCCAUCCUCACUCGUGGUGGCAGUGUGAUCACGUCUGCUCUGCCUCCCUGGAGAGCACCAGUGGUUUCAGGGCCUUUGCAAUUUGGCCAGUGGUGGAAAGCCCAAGGACGAUGGCGGGGAGGACAGGGCUACUGGCCAUGUCCCCGGCUCAGCUGUGCACCUCCUCUCUGCGCCAGCUCCUGCCACAUCCUUGCCAGCUGCUGGGUGUGCAACUGCAACAAGUACCUGAAAGUCCCAAAGGAGAGGAUGAGGCAGCUGGUGGAGGGCAGCAGGCACUCGCUUGGGGACAGUGGCACAGGCUGCCCAGCAUCUUGCAAGGAGGAGCCCGGUCGGACCUGCAGUGCUGCCCGGCCCACUGGCACCGCAUGGGGAGAGCAGCUGGAGGACACGGGGCCAUGUGGAGCAGCUGUGGGGCUGGUGGGGGGCACGGCUCUGCAGGUUGCUGCCAUCCCCCCCGGGGUGCUGGACAAAGCCGAGCUCACCGACUUCUACUGCUGCACCCGCUGCGGGAAGGUGUUCUGGGAAGGGUCUCAUUUCGGACGUGUCGUCUCACAGUUUCAGGACAUUCUUGUCACCACAGGGGACGAACAGCGCGUCUAUGAGCUGAGCUGAGGGGAGCACGGGGCAUGGGAUGGCUCGGCAGCAAGAUGGAGGCUGCAGGGAUGCACUCCCCUGUGAGCUUGGGCAGGUCUGUGGGGCGUGGGCUUGGGUUUGUGGUGUGAGACUGGAAAGCGGGCUCGUGUUUUGGGGUCCGUGGGGUAGGGGCCUGUCACAUUUGCACCGAUGCGGUGACGGUCUGCAACGUGGCCUCCAUGGCAGCAUUAAAUGAGAGGCACCUGGGGAAUGGAUCUGUUGCUUUAUUUCUGCCCCCCUCCAGGCUGGGCAUGGCAAGAGGAUGGCCGAGCUCUCCAAAAUGCCACCAGGCACUGCCAACCCCGUGGCACCCAUCAGUACCCAGCACACUCACCCCAGAGCGGUGUGUCCCUGCCCAGCCAAGCCUUUCUGCUUUCUGUAGGAGGAUCGCUGAGGGGGGGCUCCGCUCACUGCGCCCUUCCAGGUGCUGCCCCCAAGACUGAGAAAGCACCUCCAGUGCGCAUUGUGCUCCGUGGGUGUGAGACACGUGUCUGCGUGAUGCCACCCUCCGUCCCUCAGCUCUGGGCACCAUUGGCUGCUGCAUCCCGGCCCAUGGAUGGGCUGAAAGCGCUCCACCCUGUAACAGAGGAGCCUUUGCAGAAUUCCUCCCCUAAUCCCGGUUAACUGCCAGGCACUGAUGUUAUUGCUAACAGGGCCCAAGGGGCUCUUGGCUUAAGUGUGACAUUUACGGGCCAGUGAAACGCCUGCCGGCGCAGCUUACACCACAAUGUUGAUGCGCUCUCCCUCUCUGAACGCUCGUGGCAACGCAGUGCUGAGGGCUCCUUCCCCUCAGAGACAUUACGCCCAACGCUUCUUGCACCCCAGGUGGGCCCUGUGUUGGAAGGGCACUGAGGCGGCUCCCCACAGCCUCACAGACAACUGUGCUCCCUUCCUCCCUGCCAUGCUGUUAGCGCAGGUGCCCGUCCGCCCUCCCUGGUGGUCCCUGCUUUGCAUUGCCAUGGUGCAGAGGUUUUGCCUCAUUUUCAAGCAGAUGACAGCAGAGGCGACUGGGAUACCCCCACCACAGCCUGUGCCACCCCUCUGUCCCUGUCACCAGCAGCGCAGCACCUGUGAGACUGUGCCCACGGACCUGCCGGGCCCCCAGCCUCGCUCACCGCUCACUGCCAUACGAUACAGUGCAGCGGUUGGGUUUUGAUGCUGGCUGCGUGCACAUUGGCUCUAAGUGCUCUUCUCCCAGUCUGUCUUUGGAGGGUCACAAAACAUAGCCUCACUGCUGAAGCACAGCAAGAGAUGCCCAUGCUUGGCUUCCAUCACCACUUUGCCUCUUCUCCCUGCCAUGGAGGAGGGCAGGCAGGUGCUGUGCUCCCCACAGGGUCACAUCCUGGACAGCCACAUCUGUUUCCUCCAAUUCCCUGUCCUCAGGUGUCCCCAGUGUCUCGCAGCCCUGCCAUGCUCUGUGGCCUCCCAGGAGCUGCUGGCCGCUCUCAGCUGGGGCUCACCACCCAAAACUGCUCUGUUUUAGCAACAAAUCUCCCAGGCACCUGCAUGGCCCCAUGCAAGGUCUGGUGUCUUCUCCUGCGCUGUGCCAGGCGGGCCGGCCACUGGGCACUGCCACAAGGGACCGUCCCUGCACGAGCAGUGACACCUCAAGCUGUGCGGUGCUCCAGGGAUUAUCUCUCCUAAUGGGAUUAAAAUGCCUUCUUCUGAUCUUGCCCUCAGCCAUCAUCAUUUUUCUAUUGAUUCUUUCAGCUUCCCACUCUGUUGUCUGCUUUUUUUUUUUUUUUUUUUUUUUGCAUAACCUCAAG